GUCUAGGAGAGGGGGAUGUGGGUGGGUGUACUUAAGCAGAGCAGCUUGUCGUGCCGAGAUACACGUCCUGCUCUUCUCCAGAGCCCUAUUACAGCCCCGGCGCAGCACGACGCGCCGCCCCGCCACUACCUCCACCCGCUCGGCCGCAGUCGGCCAGCAGCGGGCGAUGGGGCAGCGCAGGAAGCGAGCCCUGCGCAGGUGCGGAGUCCCUGCGUGCGCACGGGCUCAGACUCCAUUUCCCAGGGAGCGGAAGGGCUCCCUGAGGCGCGGUUCACGUGCGCCAUUUCCGCCGCGGCUGCGCUGACUCGUCUUUGCGGCGUUGGCGGCGGGAGAGACGGUGAGGGGCGAGAGGCCCGGUGCAGCUCGAGGCUGUGUCCUCGGACUUCUGGACGGACUGGGGGGCGCUGGGGAAGGGUCUGUAGGAGAGGAUCGGUCGUCGGCUCAGAGCGGCCAGGAAGGACCGGCCGAUUUCUGGCGCUGGAGCGUCAGAGUCGGCAUCUUCCGCGGCCAGCGAUGAAGCUCCCACUUCUUGCCGUGUUUGCCCUGGUGUCUGUGGUUCACUGUGAGGAUGGCGCCAGGCUCCUGGCCUCCAAAUCCUUGUUAAACAGAUAUGCAGUGGAGGGCAAGGACUUGACUUUGCAGUACAACAUCUACAACGUUGGCUCCAGCGCUGCCCUAGAUGUGGAGCUGUCAGAUGAUUCCUUUCCCCCAGAAGAUUUUGGCAUCGUCUCUGGCAUGCUCAACGUCAAGUGGGACAGGAUUGCUCCUGCGAGUAAUGUGUCCCACACUGUGGUUCUACGGCCUCUCAAAGCUGGGUACUUCAACUUCACCUCUGCCACCAUCACAUACCUGGCACAGGAGGGUGCACAGGUCAUGGUUGGCUUUACUAGUGCUCCCGGGCAGGGAGGAAUCCUGGCUCAGCGUGACUUCGACAGGAGGUUCUCCCCUCACUUUCUGGACUGGGCGGCAUUUGGCGUGAUGACCCUGCCCUCCAUUGGGAUCCCCCUACUGCUCUGGUACUCAAGCAAGAGGAAGUACGACACCCCCAAGACCAAAAAGAACUGAGCAGAAUCAAAUGCCACCAGCACCCCAGAGCUCGGGAAAGGACAACCCUGAACCCCCAAGAACAGUGGCUGUUGGGAUGGUUGGGUUGGGAUGGCAGCAUCCCCUGUGAGGUGCUGCCUGGGCUGUGCUUCAGCCCUCUGGGCAAAGGAUUUGGGGGCUGCUGCAGCAGCAGCGAUGAGGUGUUCUCUGUGUUCUAAAGGAGAAACAAGCAAACAGAAAAAAGAACAACCAAGAGUCCC